AUGGUGCGCAUCAGUGUCCCGGCAGACGCUCUCAAGAGCAUCAACAAUGCUGAAAAAAGGGGCCAACGCCACAUCCUUAUUAGGUCGUGCUCCACACACGUCAUCGUUUGGUUUCUAACAGUGAUGAUGAAGCAUGGUCACAUUGGCGAAUCUAAAAUCACUGAUGAUCACAGAGCUGGGAAAAUUGUGGGGAACCUCCCAGGCAGGUUAAGCAAGCGUAGAGUGGCCAGCCCCAGAUUCAAUGCACAGCUCAAAGACUUAGAAAAGUGGCAGAAUAAUCUGCUCCCAUCGCGUCAGUUUGGUUUCAUUGUCCUGACAACCUCAGUUGGCAUCAUGGACCGUGAGGAAGCAAGAUGA